UGUUCAUGUAGUGAGUAAAAAUAUUUAUAAUUGUGAUAUUCGUGUUUUGAUUUUGUUAACCCGGCACAAGCUAAGAACUCGUUCAGGAGCAUAAGCCGGAAAACAAACCUCCAUUCCAUUUGAAAAAUAUCCAAAGAGGAUGUCUGUAAAUAAUGUACCUUCUGUUAGAUUUGAGGCUGAAGAGCUGCAUACGGUUAAUUCAAUUUUAGUGGAAACGUUUACCAAAUGUGAUGUGUUGAAAUCCGACCUUGUACAGUACAGUCCUAAUCCAAAGAAGGAUUUACUAGAUCUUAGAGAGAAAUUAGUAGAUCUUGCAGAAAUGCAAAAAGAUGUCGCUGCUUUAAUAACAACUAUAGAAACAGUAGAAUCUGAAGUACAAGGUACAGAAGAUGUUCUUAAGAAACUUAAUUUUAAUAAGGUUUCAAAAAUUUUCGACAAAGCUUAUAAAUCUGCCCUAAAAGAACAAUAUACCAAUGAGGAUGUUGAAAAUAUGAUCUGUGCUGUAGAUACAUUUAUCAGCAAUAAAAAUUCAGAUGUAAACACAGGCAAUGAAGAAUUAGUGGUGACUGCGACUAAAGAAAGUUACUUGGAUCCUCUUACUAAAUGUCCCAUUAAAGAUCCCGUCAAGAGUAAGACAUGCCAUCAUAACUUUGAAAGAAAUACAAUUUUGAAGUAUCUUCAAAAAAAUUCAAGAUGUCCUUAUUCUGGAUGUGUGAAAUCUUUAAGUAGAGAAGAUUUAGUUGAAGAUCUGGCACUGAAAAGGAAACUACUAAAUAUGAAACAAAACCCAAACAAAUGAAUGGUGAUCAUGUUCAAAUUUUUACUAUUUAUGUAUAUGUAAUGCACUAGAAGAAUACCAAUACAAGUUUGUAUAUAAACAUUUUCUGUUCAUAAUUUUGAUAUAUAAUAAACUUCAU